AUGUUGACUGUCCCUCGUACUUGCCAAACCCAACUAAGGAAGGUGAUAGUUGAGCAGUGUGCUUUGCCUGACCCAACUGUUACUGUAUCCACCAUCUGCGGAUUCUGUGGAAAAGGGCCCUUUGCAACUGUUCCAGGUUUACACAAACAUAUCCACAAUACGCCUGCCUGCAAUCAAGCGCGUCAAGCCGACUUUGGAUCUUAUGUCGCAAACAUCUGGACUGAAGUAGCUGGUCAGCAGGAUGGGUCUGCUCAAACACAGGAGAAUCACAAAGAAGCCCCAGGAGAACCCAUUCAACUAGUGGAUGGAGAGCCCCCCAUUCAACUGGACCAGGACCUUGACAAUGCUGCUGAUAACUUGAUGUCUACAGCCCCAGAGACACUGUUAGAUGAAGCUGCUCCACAACAAUCAUCACAAUGUACCAUGAUUGAGGAGGUUCCAGACGACAAUGUAGUACCUCAAUCCACUCGAGAAUUUUACUACGUUGAGCUGUAUCCUGAGGACCAAAAGGCGGGGGCCACCUGA